AUGGCUUCCACUGACUUCAUUCUCCCACAAGGAUCCCUUGUCCUCGUGACCGGCGCCAACGGCUUCAUUGCCAGCCACAUCGUUGACCAACUGCUCCAACGAGGCUACCGCGUGAGAGGAACCGUGCGUAAUGCCGCCAAAGCCAGCUGGGUGCAAGAACUCUUCGACAAGCGUCACGACCGCGGCAAGUUCGAACUUACCACUAUCUCGGACUACACCAAGCCUGAAGCCUUCACCGAGGUCCUCAAAGGUCAUCCCGGCGCCGCCGCUCUCUCCUUCCCAUCAGUGCAACGCGUCGUCUAUACCUCCUCUUCCGUCGCCAUCGCCCUUCCCAUUCCCAAUACCGUCUUCCCGAUCAACCACACCAUCUUCAACGAUGCUGCCGUCGAAGCAGCCUGGGCUCCUCCACCAUACACCCCCGACCGCGAUUUUACCACCUACACCGCUAGUAAAGUGGAAGCCGAGCGUGCGAUAAGGAAAUUCGUUGAUGAGAGGAACCCGCAUUUUAAGAUCAACCUUGUUUUGCCUAGUACGGUGUUAGGGGAGAUCCUAGAUCCGAAGAACCAGGAUGGAAGCACGGCGAGCCUGGUGACAGGGUUGUAUACCGGGGAAAAAGGGUACUGGGGUAACCUUCCUCCAAGCCAUUUCAUCAAUGUUAAAGACGUUGCGUGCCUUCACGUUGCUGCGUUGCUACUUCCCGCGGUUGAGGGGGAGAGGUUACUAGGCUACGCGAAACCGUUCUCCCAGACAGAGAUUUUGGAAAUCCUGAGGAGGAUUGAGCCGGAAAAGCAAUUUGAGAGUGAUCCUGAAGGGGAGGGAAGGGAUAUUAGCGAGGUGGAUAAUGCACGGAGUGAGGAGUUGGUCAGGAAGUUGACGGGUGAGGGCUGGACGGGGCUGGAGGAGACGGUAAAGGAGAAUGUGAAACAUUUACAGGCGAGAUGA